AUGCUACCUAAAUUAAAUCCAAGUUCAUCAAUAUAAAUGAAAUCUCAAGAAGAUUUAAGUUUAAAUGAAGCCAAGAGACGUUAAAAGCAUCUUGAAUUGGAAUAGUAAAAUGUUGAAAACAGAAUCAAAUAAAUUACUAAAGAGAAUUAGAAACUGUCCAAAAAAGUUUAAAUGGCAGAGUAAUUGGCUUUAGAUGUUUAUGCUUCUCGUCUUGCUUAGAAGAUUAAAGUAAUUGUUUAUUUCUUAUAAAAUUGUUUAGAAAGAGUAGAAAAUGUAAUAAUAAUCUACUGUAGAUCCAUUAAGAUAUUAAUAAACAUAAUAUGAUAGAAUGAAUCUUAUGAAAAUGAAAUAAGAUGUAAAGGAGAUGAAACAUAAUGAUGCUUAAUUGAUGAAAAAAUCACUUAAAUAUGAAUUAAUGAGAACUAGUGAGGAUUAAAAUAAAAAAGCUUAAAAUCUAAAAUUAAGAGCUGCUUUGAUUAAAGAAGAUGAGAAGUUUUCUUAAGUUAAGAUUCUAGAGAAAUUGUUUGAGAAAUAAUAAAAAGUUAGAUCUUUAUAAGAACUUGAAAAAUAAAAGAUUCUUAUUGAAAAUGAAAGAUAUGAAUACUAAAUUAAAUAAUUAGAAGCAUAAGAAAUUAAUUUAUUAAAAAAUUUACAAGCUACACAACAAAGAGAAUAAGAUGUUAAAUAGAAAUUAAUGGCAGCAACUAGAUUAGCUCCUGAAGAAUUUGAUAAAACAUAUUUAGGUGGCUAAUCAAUAAUUUGUGAAUAAGGAAAUCAUGUAUGAUUAUAUUUAUAAUCAAUAUAGGAAAAAACAUAAGAAGAACAAAAGGAACAGUAGGAAGAACCAUAGAAAAAUUAAUAAGAAGAAGAAGAAGGAUAAUAAGGCACUUAAACUGAUUGA